GUGAGUCCGUCCCCUCCCGCGGGGUGUGAGACUGCGCCCGGUGUGUCACCAGCCACCCCCGCUCCCCCCACCUACACACACACACCGCUCUGAACCUCGCUUCGAAGUACGUGGCGUGACUUAAAAAUAGACGCGAAUCCGUCAUCCGGUCGGUCUCGCAGUGGCAGCCCAGGCGGCGGCGGCGGCGGCGGCGGCGGCAGGAGUGUCAUGAUGGCCUUGGGGCUGCUGAGUGCACCCCGGAUCAGCCUCCGGGACUGAGACACCCCCGGCACGGAGCCGAGAGCCUAGCAGAGCCAAAGAGCAGAGCAGAGGGAGCUGCUGCAGCUUAAGGAAGAGCAACAGCUCCCUGACACUGACCCCAGCACUGCCCAUCAUCAGGCGGGCAAAGCUGCAGCUGCCUGCCUUGGUUCCUGGCACCUGGAAGAUGUGCCCUGGAAACUGGCUCUGGGCUUCCAUGACUUUUAUGGCCCGCUUCUCCCGGAGCAGUUCCCGGUCUCCAGUUCGCACUCGAGGUGCCCUGCAGGACCUACCAACCGUUCAACAUCCCUUCCUCAAUGUCUUUGAGCUGGAGAGACUCCUCUACACAGGCAAGACAGCCUGUAACCAUGCCGACGAGGUCUGGCCAGGCCUGUUCCUUGGAGACCAGGACAUAGCAAACAAUCUACGUGAGCUGCGGCGCCUAGGUAUCACUCACGUCCUCAAUGCAUCACACAGCCGAUGGCGAGGCACUCCAGAGGCGUACGAGGGACUGGGCAUCCGAUAUCUGGGCGUUGAGGCCCACGACUCACCUGCCUUCGACAUGAGCAUCCAUUUCCAGACUGCGGCCGAUUUCAUCCACCGGGCGCUGGGCCAGCCCGGAGGCAAGAUCCUGGUGCACUGUGCUGUUGGUGUGAGCCGAUCCGCCACCCUGGUGCUGGCCUACCUCAUGCUGUACCACCACUUCACCCUUGUACAGGCCAUCAAGAAGGUCAAGGAUCACCGAGGCAUCAUCCCCAACCGGGGCUUCUUGAGGCAGCUUUUGGCCCUGGACCGCAGGCUGCGGCAGGGUCUGGAAGCCUGAGGAGGGGAGUAGAAGUCAGGCCAGGUGUUUGGGCCCCCUGGUCCAUCUCUCCCAAGAGGAGAGAUGAGGCCUUUCUCUGAGAGAGUAAUAAGGCCAUGGCCUCAAGUCCCCUUUACUAUUUAUUGCUAGAGGAUGGGGAUGGAGGUGAGGCUCUGUGGAGGGUGCCCUGAGGAAAAGCAAGAAAGGCAGCAAAUGGGAUGUAGUUAAACAUUGGUCCUGGGAUUCUGAUACACCUGGGUUCCUAACAAGGGGUUCUUGGCCAGUCUCCGCCCUUCCUCCUUUUUAAUGACAAAUGUUCCCCACUCUCACCUGAUGAAACAAAGAGGCUAUACCUGCACCAGAAGGCAGGGAAGCAGAAUCUGGAGGAGACAGAACAGAGCAGAGCUGUGUGGAGAUGCCAGGGUAGAGACAGACGGAGAGGAGCUGGCAUGAAAGCUGUGGGGCGCGGGAGGGAAAAACCCACAGACGUGUUACUCCAAACACUGUGAGAGUAGGCGUAUGCCGGCUGGCACUGGGCCUGAGGGUGCUGGUCGUAGCCAAAAAAAAAAAAAAAAGGAAAGAAAGAAAGAAAGAAAGAAAGAAAAAAACCAGCAGUGAUGUCUGACUGAGAAUGGACCCCCCUGUGUCUUAGGCAAAAAUAAAGAUGGUGGACAAGAAGAAAA